AUGUUGUAUGGAUUCGGAGCGAAUGAAUAUGGAGUUUUGGUGUUGAAAAAGCCAAGUGUUGAAGAGAAAGAUUCUUCCAAUGCAUAUGAUGAGAGUAAAAGUGAUUCCAAUAAUAAUGCUCCUUUCAAUGAUGAUCUUUUUGAAUUAACUCCUCUUCUCACACUUCCGAAUCAAAAAACAUUAUCUUCCCGAUCAGCAACAACACCAACAACACCAACAACACACUCUGUAUCGGUCGACUCUUUCGAUAAGUAUCAAAUUCGUAAACUAGUUGCAAACAACGAAUUUGCAGCCAUCGUAUUGAGCAGUUCGGAAGGAGAGUUGUAUGCAAGUGGGAAGAAUGUUUCGUCCAUAUAUUCCUCUUGGUCCUCUCAACCAUACGUCAACAACAAUAAGAACAAUCAUUGGCAAUGCAACCAAUUAUUGGAGCCUUUCAUUCGAAUUGGACAAGGACUAAACGGACAGAAAAUUAAAAACAUUGCCACUGGAAAUCGAUUUGUUGUGGCACAAACCGUUUACGGUCAAUUAUAUGUGUGUGGAAGUUUUGUUGGAAGAGUUCCCUUAAUGGAUUGUGAGCAUUUUUCUCCUUUGGAUCCUUAUUUACCAGCCACUCUGAAAAGUUCUGCUGGUUAUUGUCAUUGUGGAAUAAUUUCGAGACAGGAUGGUUUGUUGUACGUUAUUGGCGACAAUGACAGUGGAGAGUUGGGAUUGGGUCACCAGCGAGAUCGAAAUCGAUGGACACUUGUUUCAUUCAUAUCAGAGAGAGUGAAAUCCAUCGAUUUUGGGAAUCACAACUCAAUUGCCAUUGGAGAAAGUGGAAAUAUUUAUGUGGCAGGAAGUAAUUUGAAUGGAGAGCUUGGAAUUUCAACUCUGGACAAUGAUUAUGUGAAGGUCUUUACCAAAGCCGAAAUUACAAAGUGCAACAGAAACGAAAAAGCACAAAAAACAGCAUGUGGCAUGCAUCAUGUGGUGAUCAUUUCUCUGUGUUGA